GUAGGCUUCACACGGCGUGUUGCGGUUGAUUGGAUGACUGUGUGCGAAGUUAGUUCAGUGUUUCCUCGUUGUGAUAGGUUGCGUUCAUUUUCUGCAAAUUUUAACUCUUCUGUAUUGAAGGAAGAAAGUUCUAGACACCAUCAUGGUUUGUUGUCUGUUUAUAUCAAAACAUGAGACAACAAAAGAGCUGUAUGUUGUUCUGAUGACCAUUUUGACAUCACAUUGCAAUUGCAAUUAUAUACCCAUGAUAUGUCCAGAUGAGAAUAUCACUGCUUUGGAUAUCACUUGUGUAGGGAGAAGUGACUGCAUAUCUGAACCAGGAAACUUCACAUGGAUAAAUAUAAACCAAAAUACUGGAAAAGUUACACUUCAGUUCACCGCAUUCAACAAGUUAUGUCCGGGAUAUUAUGGAUUUGUAUUGCAAUCAUCUGAGAAUGUAACAGAAGACGAAUGUAAAGGAAGUGGUUUUGGACAGUCAUAUGUUACAAAAGAUAAAAGUGGUGUCCAUUGGUCAGAUCAUUCGCUAAGGUAUGGCAGAAUCAUAAAAGACCAAGGGAAUGGAAGCUAUCCAUUCUGUGAAAAGGUGGUGAAUGUAACAUUCAAUUUGAUAUACAGAGGCUGCUAUAGACUGAAAAUAAAAAAAGAAUAUAAUUUGAAGGUGCAAGCCUUUUGCUCACCACCUGUAUUUUUAGAUACCAAAUUCACAAAGGAGGAUAUUCUUAAAAGCACGAGUUUGACCAUUAGCUCUGUCCAUAAUUGUAAGCAUGGCCAGAUGGAGCAUACUGUAACUGGGAUUGAUGAAAUGCAUAUUUCACUAAUGGAGUUUAAAGUAUGGACAUGUCAAUCUGGAGAAAAAUGUGCCAGUUGUGCUGAAUUACGUUAUGUAUGGUGGAUGGGUCUGAAUUUAGCCGGAGAGUUUAAAUGCAUAUAUGGAAAGAAUGUACCAGAUUGCUCAUUGAUAGAAGGAAAUGAGUUAAGGUGCAUCACAGAGAAUGUUAGUAACCAGUCACAGUGUCUGUGGGUGCAUCUUCAUUGUCAUCCAUGUGAAGGCCUAGGAGUUUGGAAAAAUUCUGUCAUUCAUAAUCUUAAUCCCGGGUGUCAGUGGAAUAGUCCUACCAGAGACACAUGUGUAGUGAAUUAUAUACCUGUUUUAGCAGAAGGUGAUCAAUGUGUUACUGUUAUACUGGUGUCUGUAUUUUCCUCCCUGGUGGUGUUAUGCUUCUGCAUCCUAUUAUUCAUCAUGAGGAAGAAGAUAAGGAAGUGGCUGCAUUAUGCACCAUUAACACCAACAUCAUAUCCACUUGUGCCUAUAUUAUCAGAAGUACUGUUACUGUAUCCUCGAGACUGUGAACAGUUUAUGAAUCUGAUGGUGACUCUCAGAAAUACAUUACAAGAAGUAAUGAAAUGCAAGGUAUAUGAUUGUUACGAUCCUUCUAUUGAAGAAGAAAUUGCAACUGGUGCAGUAGAGUGGUUGAACAGACACCUAAGACAUGAUGGCAUAAAAAUUGUGGUGGUUGAGACCGAAUGUGCAGUGUUGCAUCAGAAGGCAUCUUUCCAAGGAAAGAGAGUUUUCUACCAGCAUCCCACAUGGCUGGAUGAUAUUUUCUCAUAUGGGCUGAAAGAACUGGCAAAUGACACAAGUGGCAACCAAUACAACAGAGUUUUUGUUGUUUGUGUUCGUGGUUUUAGUGAUGUGAAUGAGGAGUUGAAUCUCAUAACACCAAAUACCAGAUAUGUAAUCCCACAGCACAUGGAAGAGUUGAUGACCAAUUUGUACCGGCCAACACCACUGGACACAGUACAAGUCAAAUAUCUUCAACAAAUGCUCCAACAAUGGAACUAGUCAACAUAAAAUAUACAUCAACCUAAAAUAUACAUAACACUAUACCAUGUUUAAUUGUAAAUAAAAUAAGUUAAAAUUAUAAUAAAAACACGUUCCAUAAUAAAUUCAUUCAACUUAGUAGCUUAUAUAUCUCAAACCAUAAAAGAUCACAACAUCCAUCAACUAUAAUGAGGUAUGUUUGUUACAUGGCAUACCAGUCAAGUUGGAGAUUAUAUCUUACAUGUUCAAUACCAAAUAAAACCAGUCAAGGUAUAAGCUUGCUAUACGCAAUGCAGGUAUCAGUGCAAUAUCCUUGAAUGUACAACUGCACAUCCAAACAAUGCAUGCAAUAUUGAAUGAACAUAGGGCUGAGGUGGCCCUCUCUACAAGUUGAGUUUGACAUGCCUGCUUUAGACCAUUGUAAAUUUCAAAAUGAUCAGGAAAAUGCUUUGAUAAACAAAGAUCUUUUGAAAAAUUACUGAUAGAAAAUGCUGUCACUCGGUAUUUAGCUCAGAUAUGAAUCCAUCACAUUUUUUCUUUUCCCCAAAUCAGAAAAUAUAUUGGAGAGUGCUUGUGAUGGAGCAAGGGUUACAUACAUGUAGAUGUAGUUUUUUUUUGGGGGGGGUAAAUUUGGAAUCACUACAAUUAGACGGUAAGAUUGAAAAAAACAAAAACUAAAACUGAACAGUAAUAAGGACAUGAACCGGAGAGCUUGGGUCUACAAGGAAGUACAAGAAAUUCCUGACUAAUCAGAAUAUUAACGCGGCAGCGUAAACCGCUGACAGUGCGGAAGGGCUAUAUGAAAUGGGCCAUAAGCACUAUGGCAAACGGAAAAUGCUGAGUAGGAGGAGGCGGCCUACCAAAAGAGUCAACCCCUUCUUGAUUGACAACCAAUAAUCAAGCUACACCGACCCAAAAUCACGUCGGGGUAGGAGGACCCCUAUACACGGAAGACGACGAGUCAGCGAGCAGAGGUUAUAAAAACCCGAGACGAACCAUUUUAGGAGCUUCUUUUUGGCUUUUUAGCUUUUUAGCUGUGCUUUGGGCUUU